AUGUACCCUCUGACCAGGAAUACCUCCCCAAAGCUCGAGGAACAGAUCGCCCAGGCGUUCAACAACGUGAAUGAUCUGAUCAUCCACACUCUCGUUCAGGCGGGACACGCUAUUGAAGAGAAUCGUUCUGGUUGGGAUUAUGUUGUGAAACUGUGCGCGUAUUUUGUGGCAUUGUCGGACAUACAGAAGCAAGCGCGGGAAAAUAUGGUCCACUACAUCCGGAAGUGGUGCCCUCAUCACCAGCCGUUGUUCACCAUGGUGGGCAUCGAAAGUCUGCCAUUUCCAGAGCACCUAGUGGAGUUCGAAGUCGAUGUAUGGAUUCCAUGA